UUCCCCCGUCAAUUAAAAAGAAAGUCAACAUUUCCUGCUCCCUCAGGUGGUUUGAGAAUGAGGCGGAGAAGACAUUAUUGCCUUUGAACACUCCACAGCAUGUAGAUGAAGUCAGCAAGGCACCCCACUGGGGUUCAGAGGGUGAGAGGCUGUGUGAGAUACAAGGAGAUCAGCUCUGCGUAUUCAGUGAGGACAUCGGCCAGCACUGUGCAUUGUCCACCCAGCACAGGGAAUACAACCCCGUCCCUGUCACAGAUGCAUGUCAGGGCUCCAAGGAUGUGAAAGACACCUUGACCAGGAGUUCAGUCCCAGAGUCCAUGUCUUCAAUGCCUCUCACUGACUGCACCGAUUCUGAGCUCCACUGUGAUGAGAAGGAAAAAUUUAAGACCAAACAAGGAGGAGCCUCGGCCUCAGCUCCCACAGCCAAGACGUCAGGGAAACAACCAGAGACAUCAGAGGAGCAGACAGGGACGUCAGGGGAGCAAUCAGCGAAGAGGAGAUGUCCCUUUUACCAUCCUUCGAUUCAGCAAUCAGUUCUUAGGGUGGCUAUGCAGCAUUUAGAUGAAGCCAUCAAAGCAGCCCCCAGGGACUUAGAGGGUCAGAAACUUUGUGAGAUACACGCAGUGCGGCUCCGCCUGUUCUGUGAGGACACCGGGCAGCUCAUCUGCAAGUUCUGUGCCCGGUUCCGCAAGCACAGAGGACACAAACAUGUCCGCGCCACAGAUGCGUGUAUGUACUCAAAGGACAUGAAAAACACCUUGACCAGGAGUUCAGUUCCAGAGUCCAUAUCUUCGGAGCCUCACACUGACUGCAAUGAUUCUGAGCUCCACAGUGAUGAGAGCAAAAAGUUAAAGACCAACGAAGGGGAACAACCAGGGAUGUCAGACGAGGAUUCGUGGACGUCGGAGGAGGAAUCAUGGACGUCAGACGAGGAUUUAUGGACGUCAGAGGAGGAAUCAGGGGCAUCAGAAGAGGAAUCAGGGACGUCAGAGGAGGAAUCAGGGAAAACAGGUCAGUGUGCCUCUGGAUGAAGACACAGCUCAUGAUAACCUAACUCUCUCUGAGAACUGGACAGAAGAGACUUACGGACACACCCUUCAAGAAGCUUCACACUUCUGGGAGGCUUAGCAUGUGAACCUGUGUCCUGGGCUGUGAGGGCUUCACCUCAAAGAGACAUUAUUUUGCAGUGGACAUGGGAGAAGGAGCCAAGUGUGAUUUGGGAGUUUGUCUAGAGGAUGUGCCCAGGGACAUAGAGGGGAUGCUGAGCCUCAGUCUGCUUUCUGGGCCAUCAAGAACACAAACAAUGACCACAUUCACCUGACUGGUCCUGCACCCUCUCUUCUUGCUCGAGAGCCAUGCCAGAUUUGGGGAUCUUUCUGGACUGUGAGGCUGGACAUGACAUCUGGGGCCCACAUCGAAACUUUUGCAUAGGCCUCCUUCCAUGAUAUUCUCCAAGCCUUUUACAGGGUUAGUCAUUCUUCUUUAUUCCUGCCUCCACCAGAAACAUCAGGAAAAGAGUAAAAUCUUUGGUUUUCUCUUUGUUGAACCUUGCCUUACCCCUCAUUGUGAAUAUAAUUGACCCGCUUGAGGGCAGAAAUUUCAUUUGCUCUCUUUCCUUGAUUUCCCUCUACCUGGGACAGUGCUGAGCUGUCAGCGACUAAUCAAUAAUGAAUCUGCAUGGAGGGCCUCCCAGGUGGCACAGCGGAUUGAGCGCAGCACUGUGAAGCUGUCCGCACCCGCUGCAGCGCGGGUUUGAUUCAUGGCCAGCCAGGGAGAUACCCACAUGGCGCAGCAGACCUCUCCUGACUCGCCCACUGCUCCCCUCAGCUGUGUUUUCAACUUUCUGCCUUUUCUGCUCCCUGCUCUGUCUCUGGUGAAUUCUCUCACCCUCCCGUGCUUCUCGUCUGUACCCCA